AUGACCAAGACUGAAAUUGUCGAAAAGUUCGAGGAAGUCGACGUUGAGAGCGUCGCUUCCAGCGGCCCUCACGAGGGUGACGCUUAUGCCAACGCCCCUGCAGGAAAAGCUACCGACUUCCAAGCCUAUGUUAACGUUGUCAGUGUUCUUGCCGGUGCAGGAACCCUCGGCCUCCCCGCUGCUCUCCGUGAUGCCGGUUGGGUUGGUCUUGUCAUCUUGGCUCUUGCCUGCGCGAUGGCCGUCUACUCCAACCAAAAGCUCAUCAAGUGCCUCUACUAUGACGGUCGCAACCGCCUCAGAGAGUACCCCGAUGUUGCUGCUGCUGCCUUCGGUCUCCCUGGCCGCAUUGUCGUCACCUUCUUCUACAACUCUAUCGCCUUGGGAGGACCUGUUCUCUACUUGAUUUUGACUGGAACCAACAUCGAGGACCUCGCCUCGUCUGUUGGAAGCACCAUCACCUUGAAGCAGUGGAUCAUGAUCGCCGCCGCCAUCAUGGUCAUUCCAAUCAUUCUCACCAAGACCAUGCGUGAAGUCGCCUUCCUCUCCAUCUUUGGCGCUCUCUCGACUGCCAUCGUUGUCUUCAUCGUUAUGGUUGCUGCCAUCAUUGACUCCAAGAACCUUGACCCCGUCACCUACCCCGACAAUUCCACCGGACACGACGCGGCCAUCCCCCGCAACUUGCCCAUCGCACUCGCCACCUUUGCUUUCUCUUACGGAGGCAACGUUAUCUUCCCUCACGUUGAGGAGUCGAUGAAGAACAAGCGCUCCUGGAACAAGAUCAUUUUUUUGGGAGUCUUGACUGUCACUGUCCUCUACGUUCUCUGCUCGACCACUGGAUAUGCCGUCUACGGACAUGCGGUCUUGUCGCCCAUCUACCAGAACUUGCCCGGAGGUGCCACCCGCACGAUUUCGACCAUCAUCAUCACCCUGCACGUCCUCUUGGCCAUCCCUCUCUUCAUGACCACCUUCAACCUUCAGAUCGAGUCCGCCUUGAAGCUCGAUUCUCGCGGCCUUUCGACCAAGACCGAGUGGCUCUACCGUGCCAUCAUCCGCACUCUCUCCAUGGUCUUGGUCGCCACCAUCGCCCUCUUCUUCCCUUACUUUGGACAGAUGAUGUCUCUCCUCGGAGCCCUUAGCGACGGCAUGUUGACCUUUGUCUUCCCCCUCGUCUUCUACUUGAAGCUCUAUGGCAUCAAUAAGGUUGGAAAGAUCGAGUUGUUCUUCAUGGGCCUCAUCAUCAUCAUCGGUACCGCCGGAUCUGCCAUCGGAACCGUUGACGCCGUCAAGGAGUUGGCCAAGGCCUACCGUGGCGAGCUCGACAAGUAA